GAAAUGUUGUGUACCUUCACUCUGCCUGUGAAGCAACUAGUCUGCGAAAGUUGGGUGAAUUAAGACUUGAAAAGCUUCACCUAGAUUUACUUUCAUUACAGGGUCAAAGGAAGUCAAGUGCAAAUGGAGGCAGACACACCUGAGGAAAAGCUUCUCCUCUAUGCCAGAGAGGGCAGUUGUACUAAUAUUCAAAGACUCCUCCAGUCAAGACUCGACCACAGCAGCUCUCUGAACAUCAACUGCAGGUCCAGGUCUAAAGCCAGCUCAGGAUGGACACCCCUCCACCUGGCCUGUUACUUUGGACACAGGGAUGCAGUGGAGGAGUUACUCAAGGCAGGUGCUGAUGCAAAUCUGCAGAAUAACAUGGGCGAUACACCGCUACACAAAGCAGCCUAUACUGGAAGAAAGGAGAUAGUUCUGUUGCUGCUGCGGUAUGAUGCCUGUUCCAACAUAAUCAAUGGAACAGCCCAAAUCCCUAAAGAUGUCACAGAGGAUGAUGAAAUCAUUACGAUGCUGGAGGCUGCAGAGAGAAGAGAGACGAGGCGGCGGGAGGAGAAGCUUCUAGAGGCAGCCAGAGAGGGGGACAUCUCCACUCUGUCUAAACUGCUCAGUAGAAAAGAGGCGCCAGAUAUUCACUGCAGGGACUCUGUAGGGAAUACACCCUUACACUGUGCGGCCUACAGGGGGCAGAAGCAGUGCAUUAUAAAGCUGCUCAAGUCUGGAGCCAAAGCCAGUGCUAAAAACAACAACGACCAGACAGCAUUAGACCUGGUCCGCAGCUAUGAGCUGAGACUGAUUCUAGCUGCCUAUCAAGACAAGGAUGUGAACAGUGGGGUGCAGAAGAUUGAAGGCCCUCUUUGGAAGAGUUCACGCUUUCUUGGAUGGCGAUCCCACUGGGUGGUUAUUGAGGAUGGGACUCUCUCCUGGUACCCCAGACAGUCUGAUGCGCAGGCUGGUGUCAGAAAACAGGGCUGUAAGUCUCUGACACAAGCCUACUGCAUGGUCAAACCGUGGGAUCAUUGCUUCUUCAUGCUCAGGUGCUUUGAUGACACUGUUCAUAAUUUUAAGGUCCCUUCAAAGACAGAUUCAGUGGCAACAAGAAAAAGAUGGUUGGAUGCUUUUGAGGCACAUGCAUCCUAUAGUACUCGUCACUGCACCCAAGAAGAGAUUAUCAGCGAUGCAGGUGGUGAAGGUGAUGAAGCAGUGAGGAAUCUGUCACAAGCACUUCAAGCAGCCAGCGCUUCCCAGCAGAAACUGGAGGGUGAAGUGUCAAUAUUUCUAUCGAUGGUGAAGAAUGAGGAGAACUGUGCAUUGGCUGCCCCUCUCUUACUGAAAGCUAAAGAGACCAGUGAGCUCUCCGUUGAAACCUGUGCUGCUCUCCAACUGUGCCUCGAACUGCUGUCAAAACAGGAGGAGGUGUGGAGCCUGAAGUUAGAGCAGGAGGUGGAGAAGAACAAAGCUCUGACUGAGGCUCUGCAGACAUUGGCAACUGAGCACCACAACCUCAAGCAGUCCCUGUGUAAGAUUAGGAGGUCGUCGACCCUCAGUACCCUCACUGGAGACGACUUCUAUGAUGCUUUGUCAGAGUCGGAGUCGGAGCUCUCGGUGAGCGGCUUCCUGUCCGUGGCCAGUCACUCCUGUGAAGAGGACGAGGGGAGAGACACCCCCCUUCUCAGCAGCCUCCGCCAUCCCAGUGCACUCAGGGGGCCUGCCGGAAUGUCAGGGGAAGGUAACCAUGGCAACCAACCCGCCCAGCACAAUGGAGUCAAGAAGCACAGAACAUCUUUACCGGCUCCCAUGUUCUCCAGGAAUGAUGUCAGCAUCUGGAGUAUCCUGAAAAAAUGCAUUGGCAUGGAGCUGUCAAAGAUUGCCAUGCCUGUGAUAUUUAAUGAGCCUCUGAGUUUUCUCCAGCGGUUAACGGAAUACAUGGAGCACACCUACCUCAUCCAGCAGGCCAAUGCUACAACAGACUCUGUCGAGAGGAUGAAGUGUGUUGCAGCAUUUGCUGUGUCAGCUGUAGCAUCACAGUGGGAGAGGACUGGGAAACCCUUCAACCCACUACUGGGAGAGACCUAUGAGCUCAUCAGAGAAGAUUUGGGCUUUAAGUGGCUGUCGGAGCAAGUAAGCCAUCACCCUCCAGUCAGUGCCUUUCACGCUGAGGGCCUCAACGAGGAUUUUGUCUUCCAUGGCUCCAUCUACCCCAAACUCAAGUUUUGGGGAAAGAGCAUAGAAGCUGAACCCAAGGGAGUCAUCACACUGGAGCUGCCCAAAUAUAAUGAAGCCUACACCUGGACAAACCCCACCUGUUGUGUCCACAACAUCAUUGUCGGCCAGCUGUGGAUUGAGCAGUACGGCAGCGUGGAAGUGAUCAAUCAUAAGACCGGGGAGAGAUGCAGCAUGAUGUUCAAGCCCUGUGGCCUCUUUGGAAAAGAGCUCCAUAAAGUGGAGGGAUACAUCCUUGAUAAAAGCAAAAAGAAGCUCUGUGCAAUAUAUGGCAAAUGGACUGAAUGCCUGUACACAGUCGACCCUGCUGCCUUUGACGCCCACAAAAAGACCGACAAGAAGAAUUCAGAGGAAAAGAAGAACAGUGUGGAUGAGGAGCCAGAGGAGAUGCCUCCACCUGAUGCUGAGACGGUGCAGGUCAUCCCCGGCAGCGAGCUCAUCUGGAAGAUAACGCCGCGACCAGAUAACUCAGCCAAGUUCUAUGCAUUCUCCACAUUCGCCAUGCACCUAAAUGAGCUAGAGAAGAGCAUGGAGGGAGUUAUACCCCCCACAGACUGUCGCCUCAGACCUGACAUCCGCGCCAUGGAGAAUGGAGAUAUAGAUUUGGCAAGUGCAGAGAAGAAGAGACUUGAAGAAAAACAGAGGACGGCACGGAAAAAUCGCAGCAAAGCAAGUGAUGAAUGGAAAACAAGGUGGUUUCAGCAAGGACCCAACCCUCACAACAAAGCUCAGGACUGGCUCUACUUGAAAGGCUACUGGGACAGGAACUACACUCACCUGCCUGACAUCUACUAAUAAGUAGACACACACACACACGUAACAAACACAUGGAUAUCUACUUUCACCACCUUUGGACUUUAUCUGCUGUACUGGGGCGUUUUGCAAGGGCUCCCUAACACAUGCAACAGUGUCAUGGAGUUGGUACACAGCAGCAGGUAGGGUUGAGAACACGCUAAAAAAAAAAAAGAGUCUGAAAUCAGUCAAACCCAGAGGCAUAUAUAUUCUUAAUAGAUGUGUGUGAACAAUGAAGCACAAACUCUCUUUUGCUUAUUUAUUGUGGUUUUUGACCACUUAAGUAUGGUAUAGGCAUGUCUUGGAUAAACUAGAAUGUAUUUUAGAAAUAUUUAUAUAUAUAGAUGGAGUGUUUAAACAGAAACAGUGGUUUUGUUGUUGGUAGUUCGUCCAUAAUUCUCCUUCAGUGCAGAGAAACACUAGGCUACACCACUACAAAAACAGUGUGUGAUGCAUCCUGAGCAUGUGUUACAUGUUUAUUUAGCUCUGAAACUGACUCUACCUGAACAUGCAUACUAUAAUGCAGUGCAGUAUUUGAUUAUAUUAUGCUAGUUUGCAGAUUCUGCUUCAAUCGACUGUAAAUCUGUCUGGCUGUUUCUCUGCACAGUUGGCAAGUAAAAUGUCACUCAAGAAUUGUGGCCAGCACCACAAUAAAACUUAAAUAAUAUUAAAACAUCAUUAAGCCCUAAACUAUGUACUGUAUAGAUGUGUAUAGAAACUAACAGCGUUGCACAUAAGUCUACCUGACUCUGUGGACACAGUAGCACUUUUUUCUAACUGUACUGAAGCAGGGACUCUGGCUCUGCACUUAUAGAUUUGUGUGUGUAAAAAGUCUUGCCAUAGUUGAGUCUGAUUAUAUAUUCCUGAUCUAUUUGAAAUACAACUAUUAUACAGUUAUUGCAUGUGCAUCACUAUAACUAUGCAAGCCUUACCUUCACAAUCAAGCACUGAAUACUCCUUUAAUGUUGCAGAUAGCUGCUAUACGGUUUAGUUUUUCUGUUAUCACUCGUUUGGGUAUCAAAACGGAAUUUCUAUUGUUGCUAAAUAAAAGCUUAAUGUUGAUUGAA